AUGGCGGACAACGCUGAGAACGGCAACAACUCCGGCGCCGAUGCUGCCGCCCCUGCCGUUGAGCAUCUCAACAUCAAGGUCACCGACAAUAACAACGAGGUGUUCUUCAAGAUCAAGCGCAGCACCAAGCUGGAGAAGCUGAUGACCGCGUUCUGCGAACGCCAGGGCAAGACGUUGGCUUCUGUUAGAUUCCUCUUCGAAGGCCAGCGCGUACAGCCCACGGAUACCCCAGACACUCUCGAGAUGCAGGACGGCGAUUGCUUGGAAGUCCACCAAGAGCAGGUCGGCGGCUGCUAG